AUGGAGAAGAAACAUAUUCCGAUACUAAUAUUCUCAUUCUUUCUACUGAAACACAUCGCCGGUGCUAACGCCGACUGCUCUCCGGCCUCCUGCGGCCCCAACGAACCACAUGUACGGUUCCCGUUCCGUAUCCUCGACCUGCAACCAGCCCGGUGCGGUUUCCCCGGUUUUGACCUCUCAUGCGACGAACAAAACCAAACAAUCAUCCAGCUUCCAUCAUCAUCCCUGCCAUACAUCGUCAACAGUAUUUCCUAUCUCGAACAGUUGAUCUACAUAGAUCCGGGAUUUUGCCAGCCAAACCGAAUAGUUAGUGUCAACAUAACCGACACGUCAUUCAGUGACAGUAACCUAAUGAUGCAGAACUACACUUUUUUCAACUGCUCACAGAACUACAGUACCUUGUAUCCGGUCGUCCGAUUCCCUUGCCUAAGCACCGGAAACUACUCAGUAAUUGCUAUUGUGACCGAUUCAUAUAAUCCUGGAUACGUGCCUCCGAAUUGUGAGUUUAUGAAGAGGAUCGUGGUGCCGAUUCUGCCAAACGGUGUCCUAAGUCAGGAAUUGGAAUUGAUGUGGUCCACUCCCUACUGCAAAUCUUGUGAAAGGGAAGGUAUUUCGAGAGGUGCUAUAUACGGAUUAAGCAUAGGCAUCGGUGUACCUACAUUGAUAUUUAUCAUCAGUCUUGCAUACUACUUAUCUUAUAAACGAAAAGGCCAUAAUGGCUCUCAUAACCAAAGAGUUGUCGAGGAUAAUUCUGGAAUGUAA